AUGGCCCAGCAGCUGAUCAACACCUUCCUCUGCCCGCCCGGCCUUCUCUGCCUCGACGACGGAUCGGCGCAGCGCGAGUUCGUGUACGGCUCGGAGCGUUGGCAAAUUCCCGACGAGGUCCUCGCAGAGGAGGCAGUCUACCGCCAAAGCCUUCUCGACCAGAACAUCACUUGCAUGGACGUCGUCAACGACACUGUGCCGUUCGGUUUGCUCGUGAAUGGAACCGGCUGCCCAGCUGACAGCCCGCUGAUGAUGUACGCACUUUACCUCGCGAUCGUUCUAAUCGUACUCUCACUCGCUGCCUACGCGAGGCGCGGCACCAGCGGCGUCGCAUCCCGCUCCUUGCUUCCUGCCGGCGCAGACUCGGCGAAGAUGCCGACGACUGCGCGGCCGCCAGCGGGGUACCUGAAGGCGCAAAAGGCGAAGGCGGCGGCCGCCAACCUCGUCUGA